AUGUCAAUUACUGAAAAUGUUACAAAUAAAAAUAACAUUGACAAUAAAAUCUCAAAACAGUCGCAAAUGGAAGAGGAAGACAUGGAAUUGACAUUACAUCGAUUAUUAGGUUCAGAUGACGAAAAUGAUGAUACAAAUAAAGAUUGGUUAGAUACAAAGUUCUUAGAGAAUAAACAAUUAACUCUCGAUAGUAUUCUUGGUGAAAAUUCAAAUGAAAACCAUAAUUUAUUCCAAUUUAACGAUACACAACCUAUCAAAGAUUCGAAUUCAAAAGAUUUGAAAAGACGCCAGAGUAUUCUAGAUCCAAAUGACUUAUUCGGUGAUUCCAUGGAUGAUGAUUCGUUUGCUACUACUAACAAUAACAAUAACAAUGAGAAAUCAGAUACAAAUAAUAAUGUUUAUAAAGAUUUUUUAUCACCAGCUUCAUUAUCGCCAUCUUCUAUAGAUGAUAGUUCUACCUCCUCCUCUUCGAAUAAAUUGAUUCAAAACAAUAAUACAUCUACACUCACUUCAUUAGAAGAUAAUUUCACUCAUGGUUUAAAAUUACCUCCAAUCGUUAGGGCACCAACUCCAUCCACAACUCCUCCACCUCCAUCUACGUCUACUUCUACUUCUGCAUCUGCACCCGUUCCUGCACCUGCACCUGCAUCUACUCCUGUCCCUGAACAAUCAAAAAUAGAUGUUGUUAAUGAAGCUGAAAAGCAAUUGGAUACUUUGAUUAAGCCAAAUUUUAAAAAAUCCACUAAAAAAAUCGUUGUUGCAUCCAAAUACUCAUCCACUAAUAACAAUAUCAAUACUAGCAUUACCACUAACACUACAAAUAAUAUAAAAAACACUAUUAUCAUGCCUAUUGCAAAAAAAUACCUAAUGAAAAUCCAAUUAUUAAUCUUUCCAAAAAAAUACUCAAAUACCACCAUUAAUAAUAAUACUUCUACUUAUAAAAUUACAAAGUCAAAUGAUUUGGCUUUAAAAAAUAAAACUAAAAGAAAAUUAUCACCUGUUAAUAAUUCAAAUAUUCCAAUAAAUUUAAAUACAAAUGAUAUAAAACCGAUUAAAUAUACAAAUGAAUUUACAAUGUUUCAAAUCACUGAAAUGAAACAAAGAAUGAUUAAUACAAAUAAAUUAAUGUUGAAUUUCAAUUAUUUGAAAAAUGGUUAUUCAAAAAUUUGUAUUGAAUUGAAAAAAUCAAUUAAUGCAUUAAGAGAUAGUGAAAUUCAUAGAGCUCAUUUAGCUGAUGAAAAUGAACAAUUGAAAAAUCAAUUGCAACAAAUGAAAUAUCAACUUUCUCAAUAUAAAUUAAAUGAUACAAACUUACCACCAUCACAAGAUGGAACUAAUGAAACUCUUGGUUUAUUUUAA